UAGAGUUGUCUAUGAUAUUUGAAGUAAUAAUGAUAAAUGAAUCGUAGGUGUUUAUCCCAACAAGAAAAAACCUAAAUGCGUUUUUUUUAAUCGCACAAUAAAUCUGUGAUAUUAGAGAACUUAUUUGUCACUUACCCAUUUAAAUAUUUUUCUAAAUUUCUAAUAUGAAUAGUAAUGCUUAAAACCAGAACUUGUUACAGAAAUUUUCUUGGGAAAUGUAAAAUUUAUUCAAGAACAUUUUGUGAGCAGUCGAAUUUAACAGAUGCGGAAAAAGAGAAGGAAAAGGAAAUACAAAGGAUCAUGCAAAAUGCCUCCUUAGAUGAGCCUCCGACAGCAUGCUGUCAAUCUGGUUGUGCAAACUGUGUGUUCAUCAUCUGGGCUGAGGCACUUUCAUCCAAAAUGGAUAAUGCCGGCCCGGAAAUAGCAGAACGGAUAAUGAAGAACAUUGAUGACCCCUCAAUGAGAGCUUAUUUAGAACUCGAAUUAAGAAUAAGAGGAGUCAAGAAGUAGCUACUGAGUAGUUAAACUAGUACAGUGUUAUAUUAGUAAUAAGUAAAUAAAAUAAUUUAUAAAAUUA